UCGUCAUUGAUUCACUUUCUGAUAGAGGCACGAAGCUACACUUCAAUGGGUUUAGAGAACUUUUCCUUGGUAUAGAUUAUUAAUAUACUAGUGGCACCAGAUGUUAUAUGAAAAGUUCUGCGGGCUAGUACUCGACUACAUUCAAACCAUAGAGCAGUUCAAUGGAUUCCUGAAAGCCAGUAAACUGAAGCACUUGAGARGUUUUUGUUAUAAUAUAGCCAUGCAUCGGAACUGCUCCAAAAGGGUUAGUACRUGAAUUCUAAACGCUUUUUCAAGGUGCAAAUUCCGUUUUCCAAAAAAAGAGGGMGAUAUUAGAGACAUAAUGUCUGUGGCUGUCAACCGGAAAGCCUAUUGGUAAUCGCUAUUAGGUGUUAUUUAUAACUUUAUCCUCGGCAGCAUCUAAAAGGCUUCCCAACGAAAUCAAGUCUUAAACUCAAGUUAAAGAGAGAAUCUUGUUUGUCAGCAACCUGGAUACUGUUGCAUGGGCUUGCUUGGGUAAACUGCUUUACGUUGCUGUCACACAAAAAAAGAAAUUGCAUAAUGGUCAUGAACCAUGAACUCAACCGAUAUGAAUCGACGUCGUGGAACAUUUCAAAAGAUCCAAACGUUACUACAUCAUGUAGAACGUUAGCUGAAGCUGCUUUUCUCACGAGUUAUAUCGUCACCGGAAUCGCUAUUUUUAUUGGUAAUCUAUUCACGGGYGCUGUGUUUCUCUCCAAGCAUCAGCUUCGUCGAACAUACAUGAAUGUCUUUUUAAUCAGCUUAGCUUGUUCGGAUUUCCUAAUGGCGAUUCUAGUGCUUCCGGGUUUUACWCUCUUUUGUAAUCACUGCUUGGCCCUUCUAUUCAGCCUUUCUCYAAAAAGUAGAACCUGUAAUGUUCUCGAUGGCUUGAAAGAUUUCGUGUUCCUGGCUACCGUCUUCAACGUCUUAGCCAUCACUUUYGACCGUUAUCAAGCAGUUAUACAGUCUCUUAGAUACCGUUCGAGAAURAAUAAAAAGACUGUUGCAUUUAUUUUGGUUCUAGUUUGGCUCGUCCCGUGGCCUAUAGCCUACCUAAAGCAUAUUCUCACUUUUACGGACCCAUUAAUUUUUAAGGAAGAAAACAGGARUUUGUUUAUUUACGAUAAUGUCGUUGUGUUCACGUGUAUUAUCUCUCCUAUGGUCGUCUUACUGGUCGUGAACACUAUGUUGACUAGAGCAAUCAGAGAGCAACAAGCUAAGAUUAGUAACCCAUGGCCAGGGAAUCUUUAUCUGACCCAGCAACAGAUGGAAGAAAGGGAACRAAAAAAUGAAAAUGAAACCGCAAUGGGAAAUGCGGAGAGAACGAGGGUUGAGGAAAAUGGUGUCAGAAGGGACAACCACGAAGACAGAUUCGAAAAUCGUGUCAAUGAAGGUUUCCAAGGAGACGAUGAGCAAGAUGAAAUUAACGAGAACCAUGUUGAAGAAUUGAACAAACACGUGGCUAACGAGUCACGUGAAGAUCACGUGGUCGGCCCUUCUAUAAAUCUCGUAAUAGCUUCUAUAUCAAGUGAAGACGGUAAUAGUAAUAAUAAAGCGAGUCAAAUUAAUGGUUUCCAAGGUGACAGCGAGAGAGAGGAAGUUGAUUUUAAAUUUGAAGAAUUGGACGCUCACGUGACAUGCAAUACACGUAAUUUUCACGUGACUGCAUAUGCAAAUGAACUUCGCAGAAAAAYCYUGGAURGUGAUGUUGGUUGYCUUGRAGCUAAAUUUCAUUCCGAAGUUCUKGUGAAWYKUGAAGCUAAYGAAAGAAAAAUAUUGARUGGAUUUUCGCAUGRCUUUGAAAUUCAAMAWGAAAGUURUGRUCGUCGCGAUGAUAGUYGUGACAUKCAGAGAACSAGGUCUCAAGCUGAGAACACAAAAGAGGAAGAAACAACGGGAACAAGUAUUAUACCAGAAGCCUUACAAUCAUCUCCAAGAAGAAAAAUAGGCUGUGUUACGCAGCCUCUGCAAUUAUUGCCGUACGAAAAGCUACAGAAACAAGAACCUAUAGCAAGCCAGGAUUAUUCCAUAACAGAAAUUAAUAAUCCAAUUCUCGAUGCUGAAAAUACAGACUCGUUAAAACAAGCGAGACCCACCGUUGUGCCGCAAGAGCAGGAGUCCUGCGCGAUGUGCAACUGCAGAAAUAGUWUUUGUGCAGAACGUUUGAGAAGAGUGAACUCUCUUCAAGGAACACUGGAUCRAAAUGUUGGAUUUGAAGACGCAAACACAACACAAGGACAACUUGGAGCAAAUGUGUUCGGAGAGGAAGAGCUUCAGAAUAAAUCCUCGUCUUYCUUUGAUAACUCAGAGCCUCAUAGGCGUUUAACGACGAGAGAGUUAGUUAAAAUGAAUGCCAACUCUUGUUAUCAAAAUGGUGCUUUUCCAAAGGCAAGCGAAGUGGAGAUUCCAUCACAAAUUGAAGAUAAUAAAAUUGGUGAUGACAUAGAAUGCAAAMAAGACGAUGGAGCUGUAACAGUGGAACGCGUCAGCGAAGAAACACAACGAUACGGGGAAACUAGUGGCUGUUCGACUAUAGAGAAGCAAAGUCCUACCAGCAAUAGGGGAAUUAGAAAAAACCUCUCAUUUCAAGAGCACAAAAAAUCUACAACAACAAAUUCAACCAAGUCUUCUCUCACUAGAAAACAAAUGAGGAAAUUAUCUCGAGAUAGAAAAGAAAGAAACGGUACGCGUUCAUGCCUUACCGUGGCUCUAAUCUUCGUGAUUUGUUGGAUACCCAGAUGUUUGUAUAAUUUUUUGCAGUYUUUUUCUGCGCAUGAUAUUAUCGAUAUGUACUUGUUGGAGAAGUUUUCUAUGCUAUUUCUUUUUCUGCAGUCCUUAACUAAUCCRCUUGUUUAUUGCUUUUACCGUGGUGAUUUUCGUCAGGCUGCGAAGGAACUUAUACGUAAGAUUACAAGAUGCAAACGACRAGACAAUAACUGAUGAGAUAUUAUUAGUGGUUAUCGGUACUUAUUACUAUCGAUUUGAGAYGUUGGAAAUAUGUUGGRAGUUUCGACUUCCAACAUAUUUCCAUACUAUUGGAAGUAAAAAAACCAUGCAGAUAAAAUGGAUGUCAGCACUUCCAUACCAUGGAAGCUAGUCAUGAUCGGAAAGUGCACGCGUCAUUUUUUACCCGUGAGUUCCAUCACGGUUAGCGAAAUAUGAUGGAAGUCACCACUUCCAACAUGUUUCCAUACCAUGGAAGUCGAGAAAUGGUGGAAAUAUCAUAGAAGUCACUUAAACACAAUAGAAAUACCUUGGAAGUCGCAAGUUCCAAUUCAUAUUUCAAUGGUAUUUUUAACAUAUUUCCAUGAUUUAGUUUUGGACACUUCCAACAUAUUCCUUCCAACAUAUUUUCAACCUUUUUCCAAAUUGACUUCCAAAAUAUUUCCAACAUGCACCCUUUAUCACCAACUAACUUCCAAUGUAUUUCCAUGAUAUUUGCAACAUAAUUCCAACAAAUUUCCAUAUCAUUUGAMCAAUAGUUUAAAAGUUAGA